UAGAGUGGAACAUAAGCGGAAUAUUGUUUAUUGUGUAAAAAUUAUUAAAUAAAAGAAAUAAUAAGUUGCCAAAAAAAUUUAAAUAAAUCUUAAACAAUAAAUGUGCGUGAUUAAAAAAUUAAAUUAUACAAAAUAAACCGUUACAAAAGUACAUCUAUAGUUGUAUUAUAAAUAUGGCAAAUUGGUAUUCGAAUUAUUUGCCCACCUGGGUAAACCGUUGGUGGCAACCUCCUCGUCCUUUAAAUCCUUAUCGAAGUAUACGUCCUGCCUCAGAAGACAAUUCAAGUGAUGCCGUUUUAAAAGUUGUCACCGUGGAAUUACACCGCGAAGACAAUCAUGACGAACAUCACACAGAUCAUUUCUAUGCCGCCAAGGAUGCACUAAUAGUGAGGCGCGGUGAACCAUUUCGAAUAACAUUGAAUUUUAAUCGCCCUUUUAGUCCCAGCCGUGAUGCCAUAAGUUUUAUUUUCACAGUGGCUGAUGAGAAAAGACCUAGUCCCGGUCAUGGUACUUUAAUAGGUAUAGUACCCAGAGAUGGUAUUGAUUUCUUAGGUGAUCCUCUGGAAUGGGGAGCCGGUAUAGAGGUGCAUGAGGGCAGCUCAUUAACGGUGCUAAUCAAGCCUGCCGUUACAUGUCCGGUGACGGAAUGGAAAUUAGAUAUUGAUACCAAAUUGCUGGGAGAUGGAUCGAAGUCAUUUACCAUUCCAGUGCCAAUUUAUGUGCUUUUUAAUCCCUGGUGUCCCGAUGAUCAAGUUUAUCUUGCGGAUCGCGACGAGCGUAAAGAAUAUGUAAUGCAUGAUACCACACUUAUUUGGCGUGGUUCUUAUAAUCGUCUAAGACCAUCUGUGUGGAAAAUUGGACAGUUUGAACGUCAUGUUUUGGAGUGUUCUUUAAAAUUAUUGGGUACUGUGGGACGUGUACCGGCAGCUUAUAGAGGAGAUCCUGUACGUGUGGCCAGAGCUUUAUCGGCAGCUGUAAAUUCCGUAGACGAUGAUGGUGUUAUUUUAGGCAAUUGGACUGAAGACUUUUCGGGUGGUAUUGCUCCCACCAAAUGGAUGGGUUCUACGGAGAUCUUGCAACAAUUUUAUAAAACACAAAAACCCGUCAAAUAUGGCCAAUGUUGGAACUUCUCUGGUGUUUUAACUACUAUAGCUCGAGCUCUGGGCAUACCUUCCCGCAUUAUAACCUGCUAUUCAUCGGCCCAUGACACCCAAGCCUCAUUAACUGUGGACAUAUUUAUUGAUCAGAAUAACAAAAAAAUGGAUGCAGAAACGACUGACUCUAUUUGGAACUAUCAUGUUUGGAAUGAAGUCUGGAUGACUCGGCCCGAUUUGGGAGUAGGACAGAAUGGCAUAAGCUAUGAUGGUUGGCAAGCUGUAGAUGCCACUCCACAAGAGGCUUCCGAUAACAUGUACAGAGUUGGUCCUGCCUCCGUGGCGGCUGUUAAACAUGGUGAAAUCUUAAGACCUUUUGAUUGUGGUUUCGUGUUUUCGGAAGUCAAUGCCGAUAAGGUGUAUUGGCGUUAUAAUGGUCCCUUCCAACCCAUAAAAAUGUUACGCAAAGACACCUUGGCCAUAGGACAUUUAAUAAGUACUAAGGCUGUGCUGAAAUGGGAACGUGAGGAUGUUACAGAUUCAUAUAAAUUCGAAGAGAAAACCGAUGAAGAACGCAAUAUUAUGCUGAAAGCUUUAAAACACUCUCGCCAUGCUUUCAGUCGCUAUUAUUUGAAUGAUAAUUUCAACGAAGUGGAGUUCGAUAUGCAAUUAAAGGAUGACAUUAAAAUUGGAGAAAGUUUUACAGUUGUUGUCAGUAUUACAAAUAAAUCGAAAGAUAAGCCUCACACGGCAACCGGUCAAUUGAACUGUGAUACGGUUUUGUAUACAGGUAUUAAUAACGAAGAAGUCAAAUCAAUGGGUUUUGAGGUGGAAAUUCAACCGGGAGAAACCGAAUAUGUUCGCAUGGAAGUAGUGUUUGAAGAAUAUUUCAAGAAAUUAUCAACACAGGCAUCUUUCAAUAUUUCGUGCUCUUCUAUAGUGAAAGACACCGAAUACGAAUAUUAUGCUCAAGAUGAUUUCCGAGUACGUAAACCAGACAUUAAAUUCACUUUCCAAGGUGACAUAGUAUCCCAACAGCCAGUGGAUGUUAUAGUCCGUUUAACCAAUCCAUUGCCCAUACCUGUCAAAAAGGGAUUAUUCUAUAUAGAAGGUCCUGGCAUAGAAAAACCCUUGAGAUUCAAGAUUGCCGAAAUUCCAGUAGGGGGCACAGCGGCAUCUACUUUUAAAUAUGUACCGCCCUAUUCUGGUCGUGGUACAAUGUUGGCGAAAUUCUCCUCAAGGGAAUUGGAUGAUGUGGAUGGCUUUAUGCAUUACGAAAUUCAACCUAGACCAGAGGAUGUUAUUAACAGUGAUCAUAGACGUUCUAGCAGUAAUAUAAUUAGAAGAAGAACCGAUGUUAUACCUUAAAUCAUUAUUUUUCUUAAAACGGCAAUUCUUUUUUUCCAUUCGACAGGGAUAAUUUAAUUUUAGUAAUAAUAAUAUUUAGUUGUGUAUAUUAUUAAGUUGCAAUACAAAACACUCGAAUUAGUAGUAAUUUUGAAAUCGAAUGAUAAGAUCCCUUAAUAAAUUUAUCUACAAGUAUUUUUUUUUUUACCCA